UACAAUUAGAAUUUAGAGGAGAAACCAUACAUCAGACAUCAAACCUUCAUAAGCUUCUUGUGUAUGUGACUCUAAAUGGAUCUACUAAAACCAAGCCCUGCUAAUUCAUGUCCUCUCACUCCUCUAACAUUUCUCGAAAGAGCAGCUACAAUUUACGGUGACUGCCCUUCCAUUGUGUACAACACCACCACUUACACGUGGUCACAGACUAACUGUCGAUGCAUCCGACUGGCUUCUUCCAUUGCAUCACUUGGCAUCGGGAGGGGCCAGGUGGUGUCCGUCGUGGCCCCCAACAUACCCGCCAUGUACGAGCUACAAUUUGCUGUCCCCAUGACCGGUGCAAUUCUUAACACCGUUAACACACGCCUUGAUGCCCGUAUGAUAUCAGUGCUCCUCAAUCACAGCGAAUCAAAACUCGUAUUCGUAGAUUCACAAAUGAAAUCUCUUGUCAUCCAAGCGAUCACAUUGUUGCCAUCCGAAGCCCAACACCCUCUUCUCGUCCUCAUCACGGACGAUGAGGUCUCUUUUAAUCUAUCAUCAUCAACGGCUGUGGACAUUGGUUACGAGGAUUUGGUAAACAGGGGUGAUCCGGAGUUCAAGUGGGUCCGACCUGAAAACGAGUGGGACCCAAUGGUCUUAAACUAUACAUCCGGCACAACCUCAUCUCCCAAGGGUGUGGUCCAUUCCCACCGUUCGAUUUUCAUCAUCACAGUCGAUUCUUUAAUCGAUUGGGCAAUGCAAAAGCAACCCGUUUACCUGUGGACCCUACCAUUGUUUCAUUCCAACGGUUGGAGCUUCUCUUGGGGAAUGGCAGCCGUUGGUGGGACCAACAUCUGUCUACGAAAAUUCGACGUGGCACUCGUCUACCAUUUGAUAAAUAGAUACAAUGUAACACAUAUGUGUGGUGCACCCGUGGUGCUAAACAUGCUAUCAAACUUUAUUUCAACACCUUUGAAAAAUCCAGUCCACUUUUUAACUGGCGGAGCUCCACCACCGGCGGCGGUGCUCCUCCGCGUUGAAUCGAUGGGUUUUGUGGUAAGUCACGGGUACGGGUCGACGGAAGUGGCUGGGGUGGUGGUGUCAUGCGCGUGGAAACAGAAUUGGAAUACAUUGCCGGCGACAGAUAAGGCGAGGAUGAAGGCUAGACAAGGCGUGAGGACAGUUUGCAUGACUGAGGCGGAAGUAGUGGAUUUCGUGUCGGGAAUGAGCGUGAAGCGAGAUGGGAUGACGCUAGGAGAGAUUGUUUUAAGAGGUGGGUGUCUGAUGCUAGGUUAUUUUAAAGACCCAGAAUUGACAUCUCAAUGCAUGAGAGCUAAUGGUUGGCUAUAUACUGGAGAUGUGGGAGUGGUGCACCCAGAUGGUUACUUAGAGAUCAAGGAUCGAUCCAAGGACGUAAUUAUAAGUGGUGGCGAGAAUGUGUGUAGUGUUGAGGUUGAAUCGAUUUUGUAUAGUCACCCGGCGGUUAAUGACGCCGCGGUGGUUGCCAAACCCGAUGAGUUCUGGGGAGAGACUGGUUGUGCUUUUGUAAGUUUGAAGGAUAGGAUUGAUGAGAAGGUGAGGGAAAAUGAUGUGAUCGAGUUUUGUAGGGCUAGGUUGCCACAUUACAUGGUGCCCAAGACUGUGGUGUUUAUGGAAGAACUUCCCAGAAGCUCAACGGGGAAGAUCCACAAGUUCUCUCUCAGAGAUAUUGCAAAGAGCAUGGGCUCAUCGCCACCCGGUGGAAUGUAGAGUUAUUGAUCAAAUCCACCUUUUUUUUUUAAAUUAACUUUUGCAA